AUGUCUGGUCAUUACCCCGGCAAUUAUGGUCAACAAUCAGGGUACCCAGGGCAGCAAUAUUCAUACCCACCUGGACAACAACCACAAUACAGUAACUACCCUGCAGGAUCGCCUCAACCUCCUCCCCAGGGAUAUUACCCACCGCAAGCUUCACAACAAUACCCUUACAAUAGUGCACCGCCGCAUCAGCCUCAGCAACAAUGGGCCGGACAUGGUUACCCUCAGCAACCUGCUAUGCCUGUUGGAAAUAAUGUUUAUCAGCAGCAUCACAUGGGCGCAGGAGCACCGCCAGCACCACCUUCUGGGCAACAAUCCUUUGGAGUGCCUGGAGCGUCGCAAAUUGGGUACGAGUAUGGCCCGUGUACGGGGAAGCGCAAGGCGCUCUUGAUCGGUAUCAAUUACUUUGGUCAGAGAGGACAGUUGAGAGGGUGCAUCAAUGAUGUCAAGAACAUGUCGACUUUCUUGCAUCAAAGGUUCCAGUACAAGCGUGAAGAUAUGGUUAUUUUGACGGAUGAUCAACAAAGUCCUAGGAGUCAACCGACAAAGCAGAAUAUUAUUCAAGCUAUGCAUUGGCUAGUCAAAGAUGCACAACCAACUGACUCACUAUUUUUCCAUUACUCUGGCCAUGGUGGGCAGACCAAAGAUCACGACGGUGAUGAGGGUGAUGGAUAUGAUGAAACCAUCUAUCCAGUAGACUUCCGUUUCAAUGGUCAUAUUGUUGACGACGAGAUGCACAGAAUAAUGGUUGCGCCGCUCAAACCUGGUGUCCGCCUGACGGCAAUCUUUGACUCUUGUCACUCAGGAUCUGCGUUAGACCUUCCUUACCUGUACUCCACUCGCGGUGUUGAGAAGGAGCCCAACCUUGCGAAAGAAGCAGCGACUGGUCUUUUCGAUGCCCUGCAAGCAUAUUCAAGAGGUGAUCUUAGCGGUGUUGCUUCUUCAGCUCUUGGUAUUUUCAAGAGAGCUACAAGUGGUAGGGGUGCCGAAGAGAGGGCAAAAAGAACAAAGACAUCACCUGCAGAUGUCAUUCAAUGGUCCGGAUCCAAGGAUAGCCAAACUUCUGCGGAUGCUACUGAGGCUGGGGAGGCUACUGGUGCUAUGAGCUACGCAUUUAUUCGGGCUCUAAGCAAGAACCCUCAACAAUCUUACCAGCAAUUAUUGACCAGUAUCAGAGAAGAGCUCGCCGGGAAAUACGCUCAAAAGCCGCAGCUCAGCUGCAGUCACCCACUAGAUACGAGGCUUCUCUACGUUAUGUAG